CGGCGUUAGGUAAAUUAAGAAAAAAAUUUUCAAAGAAAGUUUAACAAAUUAUUCACAUUUAAAUUUAAUUCUGUUAAACUUCUUCGCGUUAUUUAAACCGAAAAGUUAAAAUAUAAUUUUAAAUUUUGGUAGCAUUAACGAAAUAUUAUUAAUUAAGAUUUUCUAUAAAAUUAAUGGCGGCAGCCAUUAUACUUUAUUGAUUGUUACUAUUGAAAAUUAAAUAAUUAGUAAAAAUGUCAUGGAAUCAGUGGGCUACAACUUCGUCUAUGCCAACAGUGAGUGCUACUGGCCAUUCAACUGCAAUGCAGCCUCCUAAUCCUCUUGGACCAGUACCUACAUAUAGUGCUACUGCAGCUCCCCCGACUAUUCCUGCAGUUCCUCCUGCAAAUCCGUCAUUUAAUUAUGCUGCUAUGACCCCGGAACAGCAAUAUGCCAUUCAGCAAAAUUGGCAACAAUGGCAAGCUUAUCAACAGCAAUAUGCUCAAUGGCAUGCCCAGUAUGGUGAACAGUAUCAACGAGAGAUGCAAGCCAAGCUAGGUUCAACAGCUCCUCAACUUCCUUAUUCUGGUGGAGUUUCACAGACUCAAGCUCCACCUCCUGCUGCUCCGCCGCAACCCUUACCAUCUGCUAUUGCUGGAUUUAGUCAAAACUAUCCACCACCACAAAAUUCAACUGCAUCGUUUUUAAGUGUGCCACCUCCUCCGCCGGAUCAAGAUUCACAAAAAUUUGUUCAAAACAUUAGCAGACCUCCACCACCCCCUCAGGAUAAUGCAAUUGCUACACAAUCAUUGCAAUCUAUUCAGCCAAAAUUGAAUGAAUCUGGAAACUUGCACGGAAAUCAAAAUAAUAACAAAGUAAAUCAAUAUUUUGAAAAAGAUAAUUUCAAUAAGAGCAGCGCAAAUAUAAAUAAUUAUGGUAAUAAUAACCAAUCUAACAAAAGUAAUCAAUCUUAUGAUAGAAGAAAUGAAAAAAUCUCACAAAAAGAAGCGCAUGAUAACUUUAAUGUUUCGAGCCAGAUGUCUUACGGUAGAAAUUACGAAAAUAAAAAUUCAAAUAGAAUGUUUGAUAACAAGUAUUCAGAUGAACGCAUCCAAACAGAUAACACCAAUAAUAAUGAAAAAUCAAGAGAAGAAAUAUUGUUUGAUGAACAAUUUAAGAAGUGGGAAGAAGAGUUUGAAAAUUGGAAAAGAGCAAAUGUCAAUCACCCUGACAGAAAAGCUUACAGGGAAUAUGAAAUGAAGUUCGAAGAUUGUAGAAGAAAAUUGAUUGAAAGAAGAGAGCAAAUGCGAAAAAGAAAAUUAGAGCAAAUGCAGAGAAAUAUGCCACAGACUCAGAGUAUACCUAACCAACAAGAUGAAAAUUUAACAAAACAUCAAAAUGAAACUGAGACGUCAAUUCCACAAAAAGCAACUAUUCCCCUUAAUGAGCCUAAAUUAGAAGAAGAAAAGAAGGAGGAUUUAAGUGAAAAGGUUUGCGAUCAAGAUGAAAGAGGAGGAAGUUUUGAAAAAAAUGAUGAAUCUGAAGAAAAAUCUGAUUCACAACACUUUUUAACUUCGACCAAUUCAGCUGAAGGUAUACCCGGUUUAGAUUUGGUUCACGAAGAUGUUAAGAAAAAUGAUGGGGAAGAAGUAGCGGAAGUUAUCGAUCUUGAUAAACAGGUCGGUGAAGGAUCUCCAGUUAAAAAACAGAAUCGAGAAAGCAAUGACACAAUCAUUAAUAGUUCAAAAAAUGAUAAUAUAUGGAUGCAACAAAGCAAACAAACCAUUCUAAAUACAUCUCAACCUAAAAAAAUUCCAUCUCUUUUUGACACAAAAAUUGAAAAACCAGAAUUCUCUCCCCCUAGAAAAACUUUUGAAGAUGAUGUCUCGAAUCAAAGUGGUUUGGGUGGUAUUGAAAACACUGUUAAUAAAACAGCAGAAAACACUGGCCAGAAGACUUUAGAUCUCUCUAGUUGUCCUCUUCCAGAAAAUAUAACAAAAGCUCUACAAGAUCCAGGAGUUUUAGCUAUUUUAAGUUCCGCAUUAAAAGGCAACCAAUUUGAUAGUAAUGAUGCCAAAUCAACAAACAAUGCUUUCAAUAAUGAUCGUGGUAAUACAUGUAAUAGCGAUUUUAAUAGUCCUUUAAGAAAGUUUGAUAAUGAACGAAACUUUCAACCGAAUAUUUGGGACGAUCAAGAUAGGAGAACAGAUUGGAUGAAUAGAUCGGACUCAAACUACCCAAGAUUUGGAAACGAAUAUGCGAAUAAUAUGAAUCAACGUAACAGAUUCGAUGAUAGAUUUGAUGACAGAUAUGAUGAUAGAUUUAAUGACGGUCCUAUGUCUUGGAAAAAUUAUGAAAGAAAUGAUAACCGAGGCUCCAAUUUUUCCAAUUUUAAUGAAAGAAAUCGUGGUGGCGGCUUUGGUGGUCAAAGAUACGACGAUAAUGAAAACAAUGACAAUUUUAGAAGAGAUAAUGAAAAUAAUCGUGGUUUCAAUCCCUUUAAGCGCGAUAAUGAUCAAAACCAAAAUCGUGAUCAAAGCAAAGAUAAUAUGCAAGACUCAAAUGAUGAUAUGGACCGUAGUCAAGGUCAAAAUAAUAGAGGAAGAGAAAGGGAUAGAGAUAGAGGUAGAGGAGAUAGGAACAGAGGUAGAGAUAAUCGAAACGAUAGAAGCAACAGUAAUAAACGAAAUAACCGUAACCGAAGUAAUAGAUCAAGAUCAAAUAACCGAAAUAACCGUUUCGAUGAUAAAAAAGGUGAAAAUCCAUUUGACACAAAUGAUAGAACGUCUACCCCGGCUUUCAAUCCAUUUAGGAGAGGUGAAAACGCUAACAAUAAUAGCAUAUUUGGAAGUAAUAAAAAUCAAUCAGAACCUGAUGAUUAUUUUAAACCUACUCAAGUUAUUGAUUAUCAAAAUAAAUCAUUAAAAUCUAACGAUAAACCUGAAGAUAUAUUUCCACUUGCAAAAGUAGUAGAUUAUGGUCAUAAAAAGACUGGCAAUAAUCAAAAGGAAACCUCUAAGCCAAAUGAAGACUAUUUCCCAAUGAAAACAAUUGAUUAUGGUCAUGCGUCAACAAUGUUUAAAGGAGAUAGCCAACCAGAAGAGAAAAAGCCAGAGAAAAUAGAGAAGCCAGCUGCACCUUCAUUUGGUGGGGGAUUCGGAGAUUUUCUUGCAAGUAAAACGAUGGGUGGUGCAGCGGGUAUCGGAAAAGAAAAAAAAGUUGAAGAUUAUAAACCUCCAGUAAAUAAGGAUUCAGGCUUUAAUUUGAACAAACCUGAAUCAUCACAAAUGUUUGGUCAUAUACUGUCCACAAACAGCCAGGGAAAUAUUAAUUUGAAUUUUUGUCAAAGAACCUUAACAAAUAAAAAAAAUUUAGACGAUAACAAUGCUCAGUAUCAAUUCAAAAAUACUGAUUUUAAAAAUAAAUUUAAUAAUUUUAAUAAUAAUAAUAAACUAAUUGAUAAAAAUUCAAAUAUUGAUGUUGACGAAAUUUCAUCUGAUGAUGACGACGAAAACUAUUCUAAUGAAUCAAAAAAUGUUGCUACCGGUACUAAUAAUGUUGGUAUUAAAGAAUUAAAUAAUAUAAAAAAUACCACUUCCUUUUCCACAUAUCUUGAUACCAUAACAACAUUAAAGGAAUCUAAUAAAAGCAAUAAUGAGAAUAACAUAUUAAAUAUGAUACCUCCUCCUCCUCCACCAUUAAUAUCAACAAAUGUAUUGGAAAUAUUUUCUCCUUCAGUGAAUAAACCAGUAUAUUCUUAUAAUCAUAAUAUUAAAAAUGACAGUUUUCAAAAUUUAAUAAAUUCUUAUUCAAAUAUAUCUUGUCCAACUUUAUCAUCGUCAAUAUCUACAUCAGAAAAUAAUCAAAAUAUUAAUAAUAAUAAUAAUGUGAAACAGUUAAUAUUUCCAUCAAUGGAAAAUCAUAAUACAAUUACUAUUGAUGAGAUUCUUUUAAAACCAAGUCGAGAUUCUCGUCCAAAAAAAAUUGUUAUAAUUCUACGGGGACCACCGGGUAGUGGUAAAUCAUAUUUAGCUAAAUUAAUAAAAGAAAAAGAAAUUGAAAUGAAAGGUUCACAACCUAGAAUAUUAAGUAUUGAUGAUUAUUUUAUGAAUGAAGUUGACAAGGAAGAACGUUGUCCAAAAACAAAAAGAAAGAUAAUUAAACAAGAAUUAGUAUAUGAAUUUGAUAAAGAAAUGGAAGCUAAAUAUAUUGAAUUUUUAUUAAAAUCUUACAAAAAAACUCUUUCUGAAGGUUUGUUUAAUUUUGUAAUUGUUGACUGUCAUAACCAUUCCUUAAGAACAUUCACUGAAUUUUAUAAUAUAGCAAAAGCUGAAGGAUUUACGCCAUAUACCAUCGAUUUGAUAUGUGACAUCGAAAAAUGUUUAAAAAAUAACAUACAUGAUAGAGAUCGUGAUGAAAUUAAAGAUAUGAUUGAUACAUGGAAAGAAACUCCUGAACAUUAUAUUAAACUCGAUGUUAAGAGUUUAAUUGAAGAAGUUGUUGAUAUACAGGAAGUAGAAAUGGAAGAUGCUUUUGAUAAUAUAACUGAGCCCGAGUCAGAUGAAAAUUCCCAUCAAUCAGCAAUUAAUAACAAUAAGAGUGACAACGAAAAUGAAGAUGAAUUAAGUUACGAAGACAAUUUUAAGGAUGUCAUGAAAAGUAAAUGGGAUGCUGAUACAACCGAAGAUCGCCUUGCUCGGCUUGACGGAAUAAAAAAGAAAUUGAACAAACAUGAUACACUAGAAGACUAUCUUCAAAUGGAUGGUUGGGAACCUCCAAUUUCAAAUUCACAAAAUAAGAAAAGGGUCAGGUGGGCUGAUAUUGAAGAAAAGCGAGCUCAGGACAAAAUGAGAGCCAUUGGUUUUGUUGUUGGUCAUACAGAUUGGAAUCGGAUGAUGGAUCCUACCGGUGGAUCUUCAGCAUUAACAAAAACAAAAUAUAUUGAAAGAAUUAAUAAGUCAGCAUUAAGUAAAAAAUAGACCAACAUUAUCUACAAAUUGACAUAAGAAAAACACAAAUUUUUUUUUUUUGGAGACAAAUAUUCAAUAUGAUUGAACUGGAUAUUCGCUAUAUACAAAUAACUAUUUUAUUUUAUUGAAAAAUAUUUUAUAUAAAUUUUUCAAUUUUUUUUUUAAAGUGCAAGCUUGGUUUUUCCAGUAAACUAUUAUGAACAAAUUGAAUGUUAGGAAAUUUCCAACAUUUUGUCUAUAUUCAAUAUUCAAUAUGUGCAUUUCAAUAUGUAAACACUAUUGUAUUCAUGAAUAGCUAUUAAUGAAUAAAGCAUAAAUGGAAGUUUAAUUUUAAAAAUUAAUUAAAAUAAAAAAGGUAACAAAAUUAC